AUGGGUUUACUUAUGUGUGAGGUACAACAAUUUAAAUUUGCGAAGAUUAAAGAUCGUCCAGUUCUACAUUUAGUGAGUGAAACAGUCAGUGAUGCGAUGCGAUGCGACGGCAUGAUGUCACUCCCGCACAUGAUCGGCUGUCAGUCAGGGGUGACGGACUGCCCGCACGCGGCCCGCGCUGUGCCCGCGCGACUCCUUCGUAUCGACGCUUCUGUGUCAGUACGUAAACCUAUACAUGAAACUGUAUUGGAUAUUGCAAUAAGGCACAGGAAGGCGAACUCUGCCCGUAGAGGGCGAGGCGGCGCCCGCGUGCUCCGCCGCGCUGUAAACAUUGUU